ACUCACUGAGUCAAACUCACGUGUCAAUGACCGAGUCAUCCAUCACCUCCGUCAAACAGUCGUCUCCGGUGCCGGAGGAGGAGGAGGAGGUUGAUCAUCAACAUCAUCAAGAAGAGUCGUCCCAUCGAACCAACAACAAGAAACGUGUUAGACCCGACCCGGGUUACCGAGGCGUCCGGAUGCGAACGUGGGGCAAAUGGGUCUCCGAGAUCCGAGAGCCCCGCAAGAAAAGCCGAAUCUGGCUCGGUACUUUCUCCACACCGGAGAUGGCGGCGCGUGCACAUGACGCAGCUGCUCUCACCAUUAAAGGAACUUCCGCCGUCCUAAACUUCCCGGAGCUCGCCACUUACCUUCCCCGUCCAGCUUCCUCCUCUCCACGCGACGUUCAAGCCGCAGCCGCCGUUGCUGCCGCCAUGGAUUUCUCCUCUUCCUCCACAGUCGUAUCUGAUCCGACCACCGUCGUCGUCCCAGCUGAGACGCAUUUGUCUUCCUCGAGCUAUUCAACGUCUACAUCAUCAUCAAUGUCACCAUCAAGCGAAGAAGCUGCGUCGACGGCGGAAGAACUAAGUGAGAUAGUGGAGUUACCGAGUCUAGAGACGAGUUACGAUGAGUCAUGGAGCGAGUUCGUGUACGUUGACUCGGCGUAUCCACCUAGUUCGCCUUGGUAUAUUGUACGAACACGCCUGUGAUUGGACGAUAACUAUUUUUUGUUUGUAUUUUGCUAAUGAGCUUAUACUUUAGGUGAACAUUUGAGAAUUUUAUAUCAAAGUGGCUGGAGAUAAAAAUAUAAUCUCAGAUGGUUUGUUAGUUGGCAUAUAUGGUAUCUUUUCAACUUGGUAUUUAUUAUCACCCGCUGUAUCUAAUUCACAAAUUUUCCUUGUUAGCUUCAUAUAACAAACUUUUUCAGUUUGAAUUAUCGUUUACAAUGAAUGAGAAUUACAACU